AUGAUUCCAGAACGAUUAGCAUCUACAAAAAACAGUUACAGCAGGGACGCCCAGGAAGAAUGUAACAAGAACAACUAUUUCGAGGUGAAUGAGGGUUCUGCAAGCCCUAGCAACGUUUUCGAGGAGACACCUAAGGCUACAAAAGGCAGCCACGCUAUCGACGCCACUACGAAACAGUCGUUGAUAGACCAACUCUACUUCGACAAGAUUGACGAGCGUGUGACACACUUAACAGCUGCCCAGAGAGGAACCUGUUGCUGGUUUCUUGCUAAGCCCGACUACAUAUCCUGGCACGACGUGGCACAGCAACCAGAUCACGGUGGUUUGCUUUGGAUCAAAGGUAAUCCGGGCACUGGAAAGUCAACUUUGAUGAAGUUCCUUUUUGAAGAAGCCAAGUCGAGCGCAAAUGGAGCUUCGCCACAAAUCAUCCUUUCUUUCUUCUUCCUUGCGCGGGGUACCGACGACGAGAAGUCAACGACGGGAUUAUACCGCUCUCUCCUCCACCAACUCUUUCAAAGGAUUCCAGAGACAGAAGACAGUUUGGGAUGGAUGACCGCUGAUGGCGCUAAAACCGUCCAGCGGAAUGGAUGGCAAGAUGCAUCUUUGAAGCAAACGUUGGCACACGCUGUUCAGCACCUUGGCAGUAGGUCGCUAACAAUAUUUGUGGACGCUCUUGAUGAGUGCAAUCAGGACCAAGUUGCUGAUAUGGUUUCAUUUUUUGAGGAACUAUGUAGCAGCUCAAGAGAGAAGCAAACUUUACUACGAGUCUGCUUCUCUAGUCGGCAUUACCCAACUGUGACCAUCCAACAAGGAACCGAAGUUACCUUGGAAGACGAAACUGGACAUACAGACGAUAUUCAGCACUAUAUCAAGUCAAAGCUUAGGAUACCCAAGUCAAAUAAAGCUGACUCACUUCGACAAGAACUUCUCACAAAGUCUUCUGGAAUUUUUCUCUGGGUUGUCUUGGUUCUCGAUAUUCUUAACCGUGAGUGUUCUAAAGGCACGAUGCCUAUAAAAAAGAUGCGCGAUCGCCUUAAAGAAAUUCCACCAAGAUUGAACGACUUGUUUCAGAUGAUUCUUACACGAGAUGGCGACAACCGUGAUCAGCUAAAAGCUUGUCUCAAAUGGAUACUUUUCGCGUCUCGCCCACUCAAACCGCCGGAGUUCUAUUUCGCUGUCCAAUUCAAAUGCGAUAAAGAAUGUUCAGGUUUUUGGGAUAGAGAAGACAUAGGAUCAGAUGAAAUGAAGGCUUUCGUAAGAAUUUCAUCGAAAGGCCUAGCCGAAGUCACGCGAAAUCGCGCCUCUGAAGUUCAAUUUAUCCACGAAUCUGUUCGAGAUUUCUUACUUGGAAGUUAUGGUGAACAGUGGUCGGAAGAGCCAAGCAAUUUGACUGGUCACAGUCACGAUUUUUUAAAAGACUGUUGCUUGACUCAGCUAAUGAGUCAAGAUACUCAUUUGUUGGAAUGUCUAUUAAAGGCUCCCCAGGAGGUAGAAGUGAGAAACUCGAUCAAUCUGAAAUACCCAUUUUUCGAGUACGCAACUCUUAAUCUCUUCUACCAUGCCAACGCAGCACAAAAAAAUGGUAUAGAGCAAAAGAACUUUCUCAGCAGUGUUCCUCUCCAACUAUGGAUAUCUUCCAACAACGCCCUCGAAAAGUACAAUAUCCGCCGAUAUUCAGAUUCAGCAACGAUGCUUUAUAUCUUUUCAGAAAAGAAUCUGCCCGAACUCAUCGAUAUACAUUCUGAGAAGAACUUUUUUGAGGUAUGCGAUGAGCGUUAUGGUACGCCAAUUUUUGCAGCACUGGCCAAUAAUAGCCGCGAAGUGUUGGAGGCAUUUUUGAGAUCUCAAGCAGAAAAUUUACCUCGUGAAUCCGCGUUUCACGAUCUAUAUCAAAGAUACUGUCAACAUGGAAAUAUCAAAAACAAUCUUAGACGAGACUCAAUAUUUUCACGGAAACGAGGCGUUUUGCACUAUCUUCUCCAAGAUGUUGAUGAUGCUUUUACCUUUGCAUAUAUAUCUUGCAACGAGGUAGAAAUAGACGCAACCUCGAUGGGUAGCUCUGGUCAGACGCUACUGCAUUACGCUGCUAAGAAAGGCUCCGCAGCUGUUACUACUACUUUGCUUACGCAAAAUGGCUUUGAUGUUAAUAUUCAAGAUAGAAGUGGCAGAACACCGCUAUCUCACGCUGCUAAAAAUGGCAAUGAGGCUUCUCUCAAAGUUUUACUUGCUCAUGGCGGUAUUGAUAUUAAUAUCCAAGAUGUAGUUGGCGACACACCAUUAUCACGGGCUGCGUAUAAUGGCCAUGAAAAUAUUGUCCGACUGCUUCUUGAUAACAAUGCAAAUAUCGAGUCGGUAAAUAAGAAUGGUGACACGCCGUUAUCACAGGCUGCUUAUAAUGGCCAUGAAAACACUGUCCGACUGCUU